CCCGAUUUCAAAAAACAUACAAACAAAAAAACCCUUCACAUUUGGAUUGGAUCUCUCCCAGGCUCCCCAUCCCAGCAGGAGGGGGGCUACUCCCCUCAUUCCAAAGUGAGCUCCACCAGCCAAGCCUAACAAGGAGCCUGCCCUCCCAGGUCGGGGUAUGCUUGGUCUCUGCACAUGCCUGCCUGAUGCCUGUCCAGUUCUCAGCCUGCCUGCCCACCCACCAUACUGACCACUCCCAUUCUCUUCUCAGGAGCAGGCACCAUGGAUUCUUUCAAGGUGGUGCUGGAAGGGCCAGCACCCUGGGGCUUCCGGCUACAAGGGGGCAAGGACUUCAAUGUCCCCCUCUCCAUCUCCAGGCUCACUCCGGGCGGCAAAGCCAUGCAGGCCGGCGUGGCCGUGGGUGACUGGGUGCUGAGCAUUGAUGGCGAGAACGCAGGGGCUCUCACGCACAUCGAAGCCCAGAACAAAAUCCGAGCUUGCGGGGAGAGCCUCAGCCUGGGGCUCAGCAGGGCCCAGCCAGCUCAGAGCAAACCACAGAAGGCCGCAGCCCCCGCUGCCGCAGACUCCCCGCGGUACACCUUUGCACCCAGCGCCUCCCUCAACAAGACGGCCCGGCCCUUUGGGGCGUCCCCGCCCGCUGACGACACCCCAGCGCAGAAUGGGUACGUCGUUGGACUGUCCACCGCCCACGCUUCCCCUGCGCCGGAAAAGUAUGUCCUGGAGCUGCAGAGCCCACGCUACACCCGCCUGCGGGACUGGCACCACCAGCGCCUGGCCCUGGCAGCCCACCAGCACCAGCACCAGCCUGGUUCUGGGCGACACUGCCACCCCUGUCUGCCCGGGCUGGGAAAUAAACAUUCUCGGCCCUGCUCUCUCUGCCUCUGCCUUCUCUCUCUCUGGGUCUGGUUUACAUUGGAGGUGCUCCUCCGUGCCAGUUUACCGUGGGCCUUGCUGCUCUGUUCUGGGUCUCCGUGGGAGGGAGGAACUUGCCGCCCUGCCACCCUGGAGCUAGAGCUCUCUCUGAGUGGUCUCAACUGCCCAGCCCUGCAGUUCUCCCUCAGCCAGGGGUCUCCCAGGGAGCGGCAGCAUCAAGACUGGGUGUGGGGAGGUGGGGGAGCAUGCCAGCUUCAGCCCUGCAGGGCCUUGAACCACAGAUCUUGCAGCCAGGUACCCAGGACGGAAGCCCCAGCCCCAGCCUCAGUUACCACUCAUGAGCCCUGGCCUGACAUUCCUCUGGAAUCACUCUCCUUGGCCCCGGCAGGCCCCACCACCCCCAGCCCCACCAGCCGCCCGCCAUGGGCCGUGGACCCCGCGUUUGCCGAGCGCUACGCCCCGGACAAAACGAGCACGGUGCUGACCCGGCACAGCCAGCCGGCCACGCCCACACCGAUGCAGAACCGCACCUCCAUUGUGCAGGCCGCCGCCGGAGGGGGCGGCGGUGGCGGUGGCAGCGACGGCAGGACGCCUGUGUGCCACGAGUGCCACAAGGUCAUCCGGGGCCGCUACCUGGUGGCACUGGGCCAUGCGUACCACCCCGAGGAAUUUGUGUGCAACCAGUGCGGGAAGGUUCUAGAGGAGGGUGGCUUCUUCGAAGAGAAGGGCGCCAUCUUCUGCCCUACCUGCUAUGACGUGCGCUACGCACCCAACUGUGCCAAGUGCAAGAAGAAGAUCACGGGCGAGAUCAUGCACGCCCUGAAGAUGACCUGGCAUGUCCACUGCUUCACCUGCGCCGCCUGCAAGACGCCCAUCAGGAACCGGGCCUUCUACAUGGAGGAGGGGGCGCCCUACUGCGAGCGAGACUAUGAGAAGAUGUUUGGCACGCAAUGUCGAGGUUGUGAUUUCAAGAUCGACGCCGGGGACCGUUUCCUGGAGGCUCUGGGUUUCAGCUGGCACGACACCUGCUUCGUCUGCGCGAUAUGUCAGAUCAACCUGGAAGGGAAGACCUUCUACUCCAAGAAAGACAAGCCCCUUUGCAAGAGCCACGCCUUCUCCCACGUUUGAGCCCUGCCCCCGGGGCAGCCUGGCCCUGCCCAGUUGAAGGACGCGUACUUCAGUUCUGGAGCCUUCCCCCAAGACUUCUGGGUAGAGUUGGUCAAGGUGACCCUAACCCUGGUUCCUGGCCCAAACCUGGGGUCUCCUAUGCCCUGCCUCACCUCAUGCCUCAUCCCUUUAUCACCCCUCUCCCCUGCCCCCAUCAGCAUUGCACACCGGUGCUGGCCACACCGGCCCCUGUUCACGUCUAUCACCGCAAUAAACCUUUCCCCGGCA